GUAUAUACAUACUUUGGAGUGUUUUUAAAAGCUCACUUGGGUAGUUGCACAAUAGCUCGGCAUUUCUGAGUAGUAGCAGACUGUGCAGGUGUGCAGAUUGGCUUAUGUAAACUCUGCAACAUCUGGUCUUGAACAGGUAACUUCCUGAUUGUAUCUGCACACAGGAAACCCCAAAUACUAAGAAUAUGGGCUGAAAUGCACAGUACACAGCCAGAACAAUGUACUGCAGCAACUUGACCUACCAGUGUGACGAAUGAACCGUCGUCUUCAGUCAGAGAGGCACGUGGGCACCACUGAAGACGGACUGGAGGGGGACGACGCAUCUCUGGGCCAAAGGACAAAACUUCUGCAUCCAUUUAGACUCUCACAUCCCUGUUGAGGGACAGAAAAAAUGGCUCCUCUCCUCAGCAUGAGCAGGAGCUGGGUCUGGCGACGGACGCUGACGGGAUGUUUAACACGUUUGAUUGUCUUCAUGUUGCUCUGUGCACCAGCUCUCGCUCAGCUGGAUUUGAACAGAUUAGAUGGCGACACGGUGUGCCCACCCAUGAAGAAUGGACAAGAUGACCUUCCAGGGUUCGAUCUGAUCACACAGUUUCAGUUGGAUGUCAUCCCCAUGAGGGGCGUCAGAAAGGUAGAAGGAUCCACAUCCCUCCAGGUGGCGUACAGACUCGACCGAGAGGCCAACUUCCAGAUCCCAACCAGGCUGAAUUUUCCAAGGGGCUUCCCAGAUGAGUACUCCUUUAUGACCACCUUCCGCAUGAUCAAGAACACCGUCAACAAGGUGUGGAACAUCUGGCAGGUGGUGGAUGAAGACGGUUUGAAGCAGGCAGGUAUGCGUCUGAAUGGAGAGCAGCAGGCCCUGGAGUUCUUCCUCACCACUAUGGAAGGAGAUGUGCAGACUGUCACCUUCCCAGGCCUUUCUGUCCUCUUCAACACAAAAUGGCACAAAGUGAUGGUUGGUGUGGAGAAGGAGCUGGUGACGCUGUACGUGGACUGUCACCCGGUGGACCAGAAACCCAUCAAGAGGAAAGGCUAUGUCAACACGGAGGGAGACACUCUGAUCGGAAGACUGGAUUCUGAUCCCAACACCUCUGUAGUGUUUGAGUUGCAGUGGAUGCUGAUUCAUUGUGACCCAAAGAGAGCUCAGAGAGAGGGCUGUACAGAACUUCCUCCGUCGGAGAUGUAUGCCAAUGCUGAGCCGGAUCCCAAGCCGAUCCCUGGUCCCCCUGGUCCUGAGGGUCCUGAGGGGCCUCGUGGACCCCAAGGAGAACCUGGCAGAGACGGGAGAGAUGGUAUUCCAGGCACUCCGGGCACUCCUGGAGCUCUGGUCAAACGCUGCUCAGAUCUGAUUCUGGUCCUAUCAGAUGAGGACAGAUGCACAGAGGAGUCCUGCAUGGCUAAUUAUGCUAGCAUAGACCCACCGUAUCUUAGCAACGGCUGCAGUCAUGCUGAAUGA